AUUAACAUGGCAAUAGUAAGUGCUACUGUAAAUGCUGGUCAAGGGUACAGCCAACUCGACGAAUUUUCUGCAACAUUAAAUAUGCCAAAUAUGUCCAACCGAUUAUAUCAAGAACUUCAUUCGAAAAUUUUUAUGUAUGUUCAUGACAUAGCCUGGAAAGAAAUGGAAUUAGCAGGGCAAGAAGAAAAAAGAUUAGCGAUCGAAAAAAAAUGCCCAGCCAGUGCCAAAGAUAUGACUCCAGAAGAAGGAAUAAAUAGUAAAAAAAUAAAGAGUUGUAAAAUAUUAGAUGACAAAUUGCAUUUGAAAAGAACAGAUAAUUACUAUUAUCAAGUGCAGGGUCAACUUCACAUUACUCGCAGAAUGUAUUCUUAUUUUUGUAUUUGGAGACCGAAAGGAUUUUUAUUCGAGAUAAUUAAAAGAGACGAUAGUUUUUGGAAUGAAAAAAUGGCAACUCAGCUUACCACAUUUUAUAUGGACUUUCUGUUAAAACAGUUAAUAAAAGAUGAAUAUUAA